UAUACAUUUGAAGAGAUAGUCAUUAGAAAUUUGUUCUUGGUGGACUUGGCCCAUACGUCACGUUGGAUAGAGUAGUCAUAACAGUUCGAAAUGACUCUUCGUAAACCAGUUUUUACUAAAGUAGAAAAAUUACAGCCGGGGACACAGGGGCACAACUUGAUCGUGCAAGUGAUGAACGUCGGUGAAGUUAUGGAAAAAGUGAGACCAAGUGGUGACAAACUGCAAAUCGCUGAAGUUUUGCUCGCUGAUGAAACCGGGGCGGUGUUGUUUACUGCAAGGAACGAACAAAUCAAACUCUUCAAAAAAGGAGAGUGUGUUACCGUUCGAAAUGCAAAAGUCAACAUGGUGAGAGGGUUUAUUCGUUUAGUUGUAGACAAAUGGGGUGCUAUUAAACCUCCGGGUCCUACAGAAAAACUACAAGGACCACCCAAAGUAGAAAACAACAUUUCCAACAUAGAAUAUGAACUUGUUUAAGAAGAUACUGUGUGAAACUUAAAGAGCUAAAGCGAAACUAUUGGUCUUUAUAAUUGCCUAUGAA